GUGUUUGGGUGAUUCAAAAACCCCACCGUCCAAUUUAUUGGACUGCUCAUAAGGCGGCAUCCUUAGCUGUUACCGUACAAAUGCAACCAUAUAUAAGCUUUCUCAUCCUUCAACCCCGAAUUCAAUGGUUUCCCUCUCAAGCACCCUGCUCCACGCUUUCUCUCUCUGAACCCUUGAAAGAAGCUGGCUUUGGUCUUACAAUGAAGCGAUCAAGGGCUUCUUCUUCUUCGUCAUCUAUUUCUGAUCUCUUGCCUUCUACAAAGGAGCAGUUUCUUCAACUCUUAGGCGUUGCUGCUAUUGCUGUGUCGGUGGCCAUGUCCUGUAACUACUUCCUCAAUUACUCUUCUCUCACCAUCACUCUUCCUUUCUGCGACAAUGGAGCAGAUUCCUCUGAUUUUUGCGAGCCUUGUCCAAGCAAUGGCUUGUGUUCUGAAGGCAAGUUGUCAUGCAUUGAUGGAUAUAGAAAGCAUGGGAGAUUAUGUAUUGAAGAUGGAGAGUUAAAUGAAACAGCUAAGAGACUUUCAAAGAUGGUUGAACUUCAGGCUUGUGGAUCAUAUGCACAUUUCCUUUGUCACGGAACUGGGGCAAUCUGGUUUCAGGAAGAAGAAAUCUUAAGAUCUGUUUGGGAAUCCAAUCUGAAAGUAAACUAUGGAAUUGACAGCCACAUAUUGGAGCAUACAAUACAAAAAGUACGAGAAAUAGUAGAAAGCUCAUUUGACAUCAAAACAAGUCCUGAUGGGAUGAGAGAAUUGAAGUGCCCAGACUGGCUAGCAGAACAGUACAAACCACUUCCCUGCAUUCUUCGUAUAUGGUUCUUAAAUCACAUUCAUUAUAUACUUCCAAUUUCAUUACUGCUUGUAGCAUUUGUGAGGCUUCUUUGGAGGGUUCACAUGCAUAGAAAAUUGUCAACCAGAGCUGAGCAGAUUUAUGAGCAGGUUUGUGAGGCACUGGAAGAGAAUGCUGUGAUGGUGAAGAAUAGUCGUGGUGAUUGUGGAGCAUGGGUGGUUGCCUCUCGGUUGAGAGAUCACUUACUUCUUCCUAAUGAACGAAAGAAUGCUAGUCUAUGGAAAAAGGUUGGAGAAUUGGUUCAGGAAGAUUCGCGUAUAGAUCGGUAUCCAUUGUUAAUCAAAGGUGAAACAAAAAUUGUUUGGGAGUGGCAAGUGGAGGGCUCUCUACAUUCAAGGAUGAGAACAACACAAAGAGUGAGCAAGAUGAGACAUUUUGAAAAUGAAACUGCAGUUUCAAAACAAGAAAGUUGCAGCAGGGCAGUCCCAGGUCUUGCAUACUCUUAAACCAAAUACUAGUUCGAUCAAUUGUUCUUGAAGCUGCAUCUUCAACUGAAAUCUCUGCCAGAUCACUGAUUCCCAAACAUGGAAGUUCUUGAAAUGGAGAUAUCUACUGGCUGGCAGACAAAUCUGUGUGUGUGUGUGAGAGAGAGAGAGAGAGUAAGAAGUUGGGUUCCCAUGAUAUGGUAUAUAUUGUGACAAUACUGUUUCAAAUUCCUCACCUUCAGUAACCCCUUGCACAUCGAUAGUGAUUUCUGUGCCUCCCUUAUUUAAAGGGUGUGGUUUGUAUAAGGAUAAGGCUCUAAACAAUCAAAGUACAGUGCGCCUUCAAAUA